AUGCUUCAGUUGAAGUUAAAUUUUAUGGUCGUUAAUGAGCGCGAGAAAUAUCUAGGGCUCCCAACGUACAUUGGGAGAUCCAAGAAAACUGUUUUCCAGGUUAUUCAUGAUCGAUUGUGGAGGAAGAUAAAGGGAUGGAAAGGGAGAUGUUUAUUGAGAGUCGGAAAGGAGGUGCUUUUGAAGUCCAUAGCUCAGGCGAUACCCACUUUUGCUAUGCAAUGUUUCAAGCUUCCGAAAGGGGUACUUGAUAGUAUGAAUUCUUUAUGUAGGAACUUUUGGUGUGGGCAAAAGGGUUAUGAGAGAAAGCUUUCCCUCAUUGGCUUGGGAAAACAGUGUAAGUCGAAGGAUGAUGGUGGACUAGGCAUGAGAGACUUGGCGAUUAUUCAACAAGGCACUGCUGGCCAAAUCAUUUUGGAGACUCAUCACUACACCUGA